UCGGUGCUGGCCGUAGUUGUUUGUGUUGCUGCAGCGUGCAGCGUGCAGCGUGCAGCACAGAGUUUGUACUUUGCACGUCAAAACAAACCAUAUAGUCAUCACACACUCCACUAAAAACACAUGAUCGUGUCUGAAGUGCGGGAAUACAACAUUUCACGAGAGAAGCCUGUCACCUGACUCCUCAAUGGGUUUAUUGAAUGCACUCAGAGCUGCCAGAUCAACAUCCAAAUCAUGGCUGUGCACCAAAGCCUCCCUGCUGGGGGACAAGAACAUCCUGCUCAUGGGCCCUCCUGGUGCAGGGAAGACCACAGUGGGGAGGAUAGUGGCCCACAGGCUGGGACUGCCCGCCGUAGACGUGGACGACGACGUCUUGGAGACGGCGUGGAAGAUGCCCGUGGCUGCAAAGCUCGUGGAGGUCGGCGGGGAGCGUUUCCUGGAGGAAGAAGGUCAGGCUCUGUGUAACUUCUCCUCCUCAGGGUGUGUCGUCUCCCUCACAGGCUCCAACCCUCUCCACGACGCAGCCAUGCAGCACGUCAAAGAAUCCGGCUUGGUCGUCUACCUAGACGUGGACGGCGAGGACAUCAUCCGGAGGCUGGCGAGGAUGAAGGUGAACAGGAUCGUGGGGCAGGAGGCCGGGGUGUCCAUGAGGGACAUCCUGCGUUACAGGAAGAGGUUUUACGAGAAGUGGCUCGACGUGCGGGUGCUGUGCGGGACGGGGGACACGGUGGAGGAAGUGGCGGAGAAGGUGGUGAAGGCUGUGGAGAGAUAUCAGAGCCACGCUGCAGAAACCUACAUCUCAACCCGGAGCGAGGGCGUGGGGUCGUCCAAUCAGAAAACAUACUUCAGUGACGUGGUAGUGGAGGGUCUGGCCACAGAUGGAGGCCUCUAUGUUCCUAAAAACAGCUUCCCACACUUAGAUGCUCGUGAAUGGCUGAGACUAGUCGACAUGUCCUACCCAGAACGAGCGUUAGUCCUACUUGAAAAGUGCGUCCACCCGUUGGACGUCUCUGCUUUGGAUCUCAGGACGAUGAUAUUUAAAGCAUACGGGUCCAACUUUUCCAGCGAGGCUGUGGCGCCUGUAAAACAUCUCAUCCACAAUCAGUACGUCCUGGAGCUUUUCCACGGCCCCACCGCCUCAUUCAAAGACCUCGCCUUGCAGCUGAUGCCCCAGCUCUUCGCUCACUGCCUCCCGCCCAUGUGCAACUACCUCGUUCUGGUUGCCACCUCCGGAGACACGGGGAGCGCCGUGCUGAGCGGCUUCAGCAGGCUCGGUGGCGCCGACGGACACAGGACCGGGGUGCUGGUGUUUUUCCCGGAGGAAGGCGUGAGCGAGAUCCAGAAGCUUCAGAUGACGAGCUGCGGGGAGAGCAACGCCAGAGCCGUCAGCGUCCUGUCAGACUUUGACUUCUGUCAGAGAAGCAUAAAGAGGAUGUUCGGAGAGUCUGGGCUCGCCGGGUACCUCGCUGUCGAGUACGGCACGGUCCUCAGCACUGCCAACUCCAUCAACUGGGCACGGCUGUUGCCACAGGUGGUGUACCACUCCUCAGCCUAUCUGGAUCUAUGCAGGGACGGUGUUAUCAAGUUCGGGGAGCCCGUUGAUGUUUGCAUCCCUACUGGUAACUUCGGCAAUGCCAUGUCAGCUGUGUACGCCAAGCAAAUGGGCAUCCCCAUAAGAAAAGUCAUCUGCGCGUCCAACCACAACCGCGUCGUCGCCGACUUCAUCACAACGGGCGAGUACGACCUCCGUGCACGGCCUCUGAUGCUCUCCCACUCCCCGGCUAUAGAUAUCCUGAAAUCCUCCAACCUCGAGAGGUUUGUCCACCACGUCUCAGGCGGAGACGGGCGCCUCGUCAAAGAGCUGUUCACACAUUUGGACACGCAGCAGCACUUCCGGGUUUCCGAGCAUCUUCUCGGCAGGAUACGGGAGGAAGUGCUGGCCGGCUGGUGCUCCGAGGACGACUGCUUGGCCGCCAUCCAGAGCGUUCACGCGCAGACGGGCUACGUCAUGGACACACACACCGCCGUGGCUAAAGUGGUGGCUGACAGGCUGCAGGACGGCUCGUGCCCCGUGGUGCUUUGUUCCACCGCUCACUACGGGAAAUUCGCCCCCGCUGUGUUCAAAGCCUUACAAAUCCAAAAUAUUCCAGAGGAUCCCGUCGAGCAGCUGAAGAAGCUCGAAGCGAAGGCGUCCGGACCCGAAACACACAGAGACAUGAUGAAAUGCCUGGAGGAGAGAGGCAGCAAGGGACACAGAGUCUGUCAGGCAGAGUACAGCGUGCUGGUAGAAGAGGUGGAGAGCAUGAUACAGGACUCCUUCAUGAAAGUUCUGUAGGAUGAUUUGAGCUUUUCUACCUUUUUAAAAUAAAUCUUAUUUUGAAAGGACGUCUCUCCUU